AUGACCACUAGUCUCCAGCUUCCUAUCACCAUGAAACUCAUUCUCUCUAGCUUAGUUUCUUUCCUCAUUGUCACUGUCUUCUUCAUCACCAAAACAGACUUCUCAACGUCUUCAUUCCAGCCAGUGUUAGACAAAACUAUUCUAAUCUCCAACUCCUCCACCAAAACUAAAGUACACAACCUAGAGUCCGUGAGUUGCGGUAAGAUCCCUCCUUCACUCGCAGACGCUCUCAUCCACUACGCCGCCUCUAAUACCACUCCUCAGCAAACACUCUCCGAAAUCUCCAUCACCAAGAAGGUCUUGGACAAGACAUCACCGUGCAACUUUCUCGUAUUUGGUCUUGGCCACGACAGCUUGAUGUGGACGUCUUUAAACCACGGAGGAAGAACUAUCUUCUUAGAAGAGGACGAGUCAUGGAUCCGCAAUAUUACUGAGCACUUCCCUUCUCUUGAAUCAUACCACGUACGGUACGAUACCAAGGUAAGAAAUGCGGCGGCUAUGUUGUCGACGGCGAGAGAGAGUGAAGAGUGCCGUCACGGUGUGUCGAUGGAUCUUAGGGCUUCUAGGUGCGAGCUUGCGCUUAAGAGCUUACCUAAGGUGGUUUACGAGAUGGAGUGGGAUUUAAUCAUGGUGGAUGCUCCCACGGGGUUUCAUGAAGAAGCUCCGGGGAGGAUGUCGGCUAUUUACACGGCGGGGAUGAUGGCGAGGAGUCGGAAGAGAGGAGAGACGACGGCUGUUUUUGUUCAUGAUGUUGAUCGGCCGGUGGAGGAUGAGUUCACUAUGGAGUUUUUGUGUAGAGAUUACAUGACGGAGGAACAAGGAAGGCUCCGUCAUUUCACGGUGCCUAGUCACCGGAACUUUAAUAUCGCCGGUGGUAAAUUCUGUCCAUAAUCGGCCGACUAUAGAUAUUGUUUGUUUUCCUAUUAUUAUAUGUAUUAAUGUUUAUAUCAAAAUAUCAAUUAAUUAAGCAAAGGCAGUACUAGUAGAUAUGAUAUGAGUUGGAC